AUGUCACUCAAUCCAGACUCAGUGCUCACUCCGUUCAUCAAAUCGCUUUUAUUAGACCCUCCAAAUUUAAAACCAGAUGAUCUAUCAUUAGUCAUUAAACUUAUAGUACAAGGUAUACCUUCAGAUGUUCAAAUCGCAAGUUUCCUCACAGCUUUAAGAAUUAAAGGUCUAGAUCAUAAACCAGAAUUUAUUGCUGCUGCUGCGUCAAGAGUAUUGGAAUACUCAGAUAUUAUAAAUCCUUUAGAUGUGGAUCCUCAAGGUUAUGUAGAUAUAGUUGGUACUGGUGGUGAUGGACAAAAUACUUUUAAUGUUAGUACAAGUUCUGCAAUUGUUGCUGCUGGUAUAGGAAUUGAUGUUUGUAAACAUGGUGGUAAAGCUUCAACUUCUACUUCGGGGUCUGGUGAUUUAUUAGGUUCUUUAGGUGUUGAUUUAUCAAAAGUUACAAAUAAAACUGCUUCAUCAAUAUUGAAAAAAUCAAAAUUUGUUUUCCUUUUCGCUCCAAAUUUCCAUAGUGCAAUGAAAAAAGUUGCUAAAAUAAGAACUGCAAUUGGUAUACCAACAAUUUUCAAUAUACUGGGUCCUUUAUUAAAUCCUGCUCCAUUAAAAGCUCGUAUUAUUGGUGUUUAUUCUGAAAGUUUAGGUCAAGUUUUCGCUGAAGCUGUAUUGAAAUUAGAUAAAUUAAAUUGUAGAAAAGCAAAAUCAAUGAUUGUUUGGGGUUGUAUUGGAUUAGAUGAAAUAAGUCCAAUUGGUCAAACUAAAGUUUGGAUUGUUGAUCCUGAUUUAGAAAAAAUUUCAAUUGAAUUUUUACAACCAAGUGAUUUUAAUAUUCAUGAACAUUCAAUUGAAUCAGUUAAAUCUGGUACUCCAAAGGAAAAUGCUGAUUUAUUAAUUGAAAUCUUGAAUAAUAAAUUUGAUGAAGGUCAUCCAGUAUUUGAUUAUAUUACAUUAAAUACUGCUGCUUUAGCUGUGAUUAGUGGUGAAGCUAAAGAUUGGAAACAUGGUAAAGAAUUAGCUAUAAAAUCUAUUAAAUCAGGUGCUGCUUUGAAAGCAUUGGAUAAAUUUAAACAAAACAUUGAAGAAUAUGAUUUUUUGAAUGAAUAG